GUCUCGCUUGCCUGUACUUUGCCUGCUUACUAUCCAGCUUCCUAAUUGCUUCGGACGUUUUGAGCCUUAGGAAGAAGAAAGUCAAGACUGCCACGGAGAUGCCGGAAUUCACUUCGGUGGGUGUGGCUUUGGAAUUGCUGGGAACUGGAGACUAAUUGGAUGGCGCAGAUUGCCAUGGUUGGGUGUGGGAGUAUGGGCGGCGGGAUGGCGCUGUUGUUUGCCGAAGAUGGCAUCAAUGUCUCCCUAUCGGACCCUGCGGAAGAGAUGAUAGAUGCCGUGAUCGAGAAAGCUGAGAAAGCGGGAUAUCAUGGAAGGAUGAAGAAGUUCAAGGACUACAAAGCCCUCUGCAACUCGCUCUCGCAGCCUCGCCUCCUCGUCUUCUCCCUCCCACACGGCAAUGUCGGCGACAAGGUGCUCGAAGGCCUCAUGCCACAUCUCUCGCGGAACGACAUCAUCCUCGACUGCGGCAACGAGCACUUUGCGAACACCGAGCGACGGCAGAACAAGUGCAGAGAACCGGGGAUUCGCUAUAUUGGAUGCGGAGUCAGCGGUGGCUACCAAGCCGCGCGAGCUGGCCCGUCAAUGUGCCCCGGUGGAGAUGAGUCCGCUCUCAAGGAGGUCUUGCCGCUCCUGCAAAAGGUCGCCGCCAAGGACAAGGAUGGAAAAGCAUGCGUGGGCAUCGUCGGAAAAGGAGGAAGCGGGCACUAUGUCAAGAUGGUGCACAACGGCAUUGAACACGGUAUGAUGAGCGCCAUUUGCGAAGCUUGGGGCAUAAUGCGGAAGAUGGGCAUGGGCUACGAGGAGAUCGGAAACGUGCUUGCUGACUGGAACGCGAAGGGUGAACUGAAAGGCACAUUCCUCGUCUCCAUCGGCGCCGACCUCUCCCACAAACGCGAGCCCGACUCCAGCUCCAAACCACAACACUCACAACACCCGCUCGUCAUCUCCGAAGUCCUCGAUAAGGUAGUCCAAGACGUCACUGGCGAAGAAGGAACGGGCAUCUGGUCCAACACCGAAGCCAUCGAUCUCCACGUCCCCGCCUUCACACUCAACGUAGCCCACGCAUUCCGUCUCGCAUCUGCCUUCCGGGGUAGUAGAGAGCAGACAAACAAGGUGUUCGAAGGGGGCUUUCCACCCCAAAGCCUGAAGGUGGAAGACAAGUCUGCAUUCGUUGAAGACCUGCGAAAAGCGACGUAUGCUGCCUGCCUAGCGAGCUUCAUGCAAGGCCUCAAUAUCAUUGCCGCAGCGGACAGGAAGCAUGAAUGGAACAUCAACUACGCCGAAGUGUGGCAGAUUUGGCGCGCAGGCUGCAUCAUCCAAGCCGACUACCUGUCCGACGAGAUCCUCGGCCCCGUGCUCAAAGCGCCUUCCGCAAGCGCCGAGUCCAUCAACCUGCAGCACAACGCGCGGACUGCCAAGGACGUCCGGAGCUGCUACGCCUCACUACGCCGUGUGGUUGGCAAGGCAGUUGAGACGGACCAGGUGGCUCCCGCUUUGAGCGCUAGCCUGGAGUACUUUAAGAUUGUUUCGGGGACGGAUCUGCCGACGAGUUUCUACGAAGCCGAGCUGGAUUACUUUGGCUCGCACAUGUUUGAUAUGAAGGGGGAUCGGUCGAAGAAGGUGAGGAAGCCGAUGGAGGGGAAGCAUCACUUCGAGUGGAAGCCCGCCGUGAGUCAGGCGCAGGCUUACGGGAGUGAGCCUAAGCUAUGAGCGAUGAUAGCUAUGAUCGGGGGAAUAGAAUGGGUGUUACAAGGCUAGAAUGGCGUCGCGGGUGUACUAUCAUGAUAGAUCCGAGGUACAACUUCUCGAUAGCGUGAAUCGUAAUGGGCUCGUCUCUCUCGACUGAUAAUCCACUUUAGAUACGGUAUGUACCAGCCCAAGCUGUCAAUCCAAGUGC